AUGAUUACUGAGGUAUCAAACGAAAUGACGAAAGAGGAGACUGAAAAAGCAGAGACCUCAUUAACAUCCAAGGUUGAACAGAGUUCGAUAUUGAGUAUCUUGACAUUCAUAAGCGAACUUCGAGAAAGAAGACGAAAUGUCACUUCUACUCUCGAUAAACUUAAUGCCGCAGGUUAUGGUCCACGACCGUGGGAAUUCAACAUGCGUACCAGGUUUACCGGUAGGUAUGACGUGGUAAAGCCUGGAGAGAGAGCGCAGGCCUUAGUGGUUCGCAGACCUUUAUUAGAGGGAACCUUCGCUUCAGUCGAUGAGUUGCACGUGCACAUGCAGAAAGCGCUAACCUUCAUCUCAUCCCAUUAA